UGUCACGGACCCCUAGGUUUCACCUUCGCUCCUCACCACCAUGAUCAACACCUACCAGACCAGCCUGGCUCCACCGCCGGUGCCCCCGCGCCACAGCGGGUCCCACCAGGUCCUCAUCCCUGCUCCACUUCCAUCACAAGGCCACAGCAAGGCUCUUCUCCACUUUUUGGUUGGUGUGGUGCUGCUGCAUUUAUUUCUGUCCAUUGGAGGAUUCAUCUUUCUGUCCUACGAAUUCAAACCGGAAAGAUCUGCCCCAGCUGAAGGAAAAAUGUCCUUUUUUUCAUCGGGGAAGCAGAUCGACCUGUCAUCACUGAAGUCCUACAAAGCCUUGGCACACCUGGAAGUCAACCAUAAACCAGAAACAAAAUCACCAACAUCUGGUUUUCUUGAGUGGGACAGCGAGCACUCAGAUCUGAGGAACAUCAGCCUCUACUACAAGACCCGGCUGACAAUCCAGAGGACUGGGAAGUACUACGUCUACUCCAAGGUGACCUUCUCCAAGGCUGACCCCUCCAUGGUGCCGCUGACUAGCUGGGUCAUGGUCCGGAAGAGUGAGAGGGACAAAGAUGAGGUUCAGAUGAAGGCUUACUGCCACCUGGAGAGCAAGUCUGUCCCGUUCAUGUGCACGGCCACGCAGGGGGAGCUGAUCACGCUGGAGAAAGGGAACCAGAUCGGUGUCUGGGUACGCAACCGGUCACUGGUAGACUACGAAGAGAAAGCCACAGUGUUUGGGAUAUACGAGCUGUAGGGAUUCUAUGUGGCUGGAACUUCUAAAGAUGCUCUUACAUACUGGAUAAAGAAUCAAACUAGAAAGUUCUUUGCUUUUCUUGGACUAAGGGACAAACCCCACAUCAAUUAAGUAUAAUUUAUUCAAACUGAUAUGAUAGUUUUUUCUGUUUGUUAUUUCAAUUAUGUAAAUAGUUUUGUAUUUAUUUUUGAAUGAAAUUUUUAUAUUUAAACUGAAAUAUUUGUUCUCAUUUUGUUUCUCUUCCACUUUGAGAGAAAAUUAGGGAGAUAAGUAAACACAACUAUGACAAUUACAUGUUCCAAUCAAGAGGACAAUUUCUAGAAAAACAGUAAUAAGGUGAAAUAUUUGUUUUAUUUCAUAUAAAAACAGAGUUAGCCUAAAAGGUGUUGGAGGGAAAAAUUAAAAGAUAAUAAAUAUAGCAGGCCACGUUUACUGUACUUUAUCUGCCAGAGCACUAAACUGUAUUUAUACUCCUAAAAGACACUUCUAAUAAGGCCAGAAGGGGAAAAGCACAGGUCAAGUUUAAGUCUUAUAGUUAGAUAUAUUUAACAC